UUAGUAGCUAAGCUUGCCGAUGUAAUGAAUGAAGUUCUUGCUAUUCCUUCCAUUCCACAAACACAUUUUUAUUUUAGUUUGUGUUUACGCGAUUGCUAAUAAAACAGUGAAUCCUUAUUACAGUGCUUUGUUAUUAUAUUAUCUUCAAAUUAGAAGGAAAGUGUGGUGUGCUGAAUAAAGAUUUUCAUGUUUUUAAAAGUGAAGUGUAUAAAAUUGGAUAUAGUUGAGGUUGACGGAAUAAUGAGGAGCAGUGCGUUUAUUAUCGCUUUUUAGCGAUGUGUGAAAAUAAAUAAAGUUGACGGUGUUUUAAUAAAAUUCAUGGUGUUUUUUACAUCGUCAGUGUCAUUUGUAAGAAAUAGUUCGAAUCAUAGGGUCCACCAACGAACAAACGGAUUCUACCAUGGUCGUAAAACGUGCUGCGGACAGUGCGGAUUCACCUAUACUUGAGGAGGCCGGCGAGAGUGGUUCCGAACAGAAACCCAAACCACUGGUCAAAUAUGGCGAGCUCGUCAUACUCGGAUACAACGGAUCACUGCCCGCUGGCGAGCGCGGUCGCAGGCGCAGCAAGUUCGUGCUGUACCGGCGGCCCGUGGCCAACGGCGUCCGUCGCUCUAAACAUUACGUGGUUAAGACACCUCACAGCAGCAAGGCCAUCCUCGACGCCAGCCAGCACUCGAUCUCGUACACCCUUAACCGCAACCAGGCUGUCAUCGUCGAGUACACGGAAGACCCGGACACAGAUAUGUUUCAGAUCGGCAGAUCAUCGGAGCCGCCGAUAGACUUCGUAGUGAUGGACACGGUCGCCGGCGACAAGACGGGCGACACGAAAGUCCUGCAGAGCACGAUAUCGCGGUUCGCGUGCAGAAUCAUAGCGGACAGGAACGACGUGAACAACUGUCGCAUUUACGCGGCCGGUUUCGAUUCCUCUAGGAACAUAUUUCUUGGUGAAAAAGCGACGAAAUGGACUGAAAACCACGAGAUCGACGGUUUGACGACGAACGGGGUUCUCAUAAUGCACCCCCGGGGGGACUUCUGCGGGGGAAACGCGACUUCAGAGCCUUGGAGGGAGACCUCAGUUGGGGGAGCCGUCUUCUCGCUUAGGGAGAGUCGCUCCGCGCAGCAGAAGGGUUUGCCGUGUCAAUCGGAGACGAACGUGCUGCGAGACGGCACCAUGAUAGACUUGUGUGGCGCCACGCUGCUGUGGAGGAGCGCGGAGGGACUCAAAAAUUCACCGACAAAACGUGUAUUGGAGACGCUAGUAGACGAACUGAAUGCCGGUAGGCCGCAGUGCCCGGUGGGUUUAAACACAUUGGUGAUCCCCCGCAAACUGUCAACGGCCCACCAGGAUUUGAAUCAGCCCUACGUUUAUCUUAACUGCGGACAUGUUCAAGGCGAACACUCUUGGGGUGCGGACGGUAGCGAGGCGGGCACUCGCCGCUGUCCGAUGUGUCUCACGGACGGGCCCGUGGUGCGAGUGUGCAUGGGAAUCGAACCCGCGUUCUACGUGGACGCCGGGCCGCCAAGUUACGCGUUCAACCCGUGCGGUCAUAUGGCUUCCGAGAGGACUGUCAAGUACUGGGCCACAGUGGACAUUCCUCACGGCACGAACGGUUUCCACGCUAUCUGUCCGUUCUGCGCGGCGCCGCUGGAGGGCUCCCCCGGAUACGUGCGGCUCAUCUUCCAGGACAACCUCGACUGAAUGUGCACCCUGGCUUUUGACACAUGAUCAUCAACGAGAAGCAACACCCGCUAUCAAACUGGUAUUUCUGUCUGUUUGGCAGUGGCUAUGUAUAAUUCGAACAAUUUUCUGAUCUAUAAAGCAUUCUUUUACUCAAAUCACAGAAUCAUCCAAAGUAUAUGUAAUAGCUCAGUCGCAUUUUAAGCUAGCUUCAAAGCCCGCGGUCCAUUUAUUAGUUUAUAAGUGGUAGGCAUAAUUUUUAAUAGUUCAGCGUUAUAAUCUUGGUCUUCAUAACUAUCAUUUGAGAUCAUAACCAGCAUAUAACCUUGUGAUGAUUCCAUAUCUAACGUUCAUCUGCCAGUUCGUGCCAGUCGCCCAGAAAAAAAUAUGUACCCUCAUAAUUAUCAUGAAAUGCUUUAUAUAUUGGAAACAAUUAUGCACACAUCCUUUGACACUCCAACGGUAAGGAAUCUCACUUCGCUUCCAAAAUGCACGCGUGAAAUUUUGAAUCGUUUUGUUUUCCUAACUUUAUUAUUAUUAUUUGAUGAAUUUAACAGCGUUAAAGCAGUGUUAGAUCAACAGAACAAGUUUUUGUAAAUAUACAUAUAUUAAUAUCUCUACUAAGGUACUUCUGAGUUUGGAAUUGGUCAGCAACCUGUCACUUUCUGAAUCUCAAUUCCAUCAUUGAACCAUCCAGCUGAUUAUUGCAGAGCAUAUUGCAAUCUGUAUAAUUAUGUAUUUUGUUUAAACAAUUAACAGUUUAAAAGUACAUUGUUUGACGACCAUUAUAUACUAUUUCUGUUGAACCUGCAAAUGUAUUAUUCCUUAAAGUUGAUUAUGGAUUGAUGAAAUUCAUAUGAAAUAUAUUAAAGCGAAGGUACCUAUAAUUUUGUUUGUUUAAAAUCGAUUUUUUUACGAUAUAUGUAUGUAUAAGGAUAACGUAAUUCGACGUGUAUAAAAUUUGACUAAAAAAGAAGAAAUAUAAAAAAAAUGUAUUUAAUAGCUUUGUACAUCGCCAUUAAAGGUCAGUGUGAAUGGGUUGCGUAAAUGUUAUCAAAAUUUCCUCAUAAACUAUUUUAUACGGAGUCGAAAAAUCGAAUAAACAUACAAUUAUAAUUUUUGAGUUUGGCUUAUUAUAGUAGCUAAUAUAAUGUACGUAGGCGUAGGAAAGUGGGGAAAGGUGAGCCGCGCCCACCACAAUCUUGGAUUUUCUUUAGUAUCAUAAUCCAGGGGGCCUCACUUUACACUAAUGUUUUGGUCCCAGGAUUGCAAAAAAAGGGUCAGGCGCCAAUGGAAAACGAGCGUAAGUUUCGUGGCUUUGAAAUUGUGAGGUGACAUUUCAUACAAAAUUCAUACAAUAUAGGUACUAACUAGACUGGCGAUUAUUACACUACUCACACUUUAGCCUUCGGGUUUUUAUACUAUAAUAGUCAAACGAACAAAACUUUGCUGUCUCUGUCUCGCUUACGUUACUGCUAGACGGAGAAAGCACGAGUUUCGACGUCUGAAAAUUCGGGCCUAGGCGGUGAUCGUUAUUCAGAAUUCAUACAAAUAUAUAACUUUCAUACCGAGAAUGAAUAUGUAUGAGGGGCAUGAACAUUUGCAGUGGUUUAAUUAUUUUUUUAUGCAUUGCUAUGCUACUAAUUUAAAAGAAAAUAAACUUGUCUGUCGGUUUAUGAAAAUGUUGAAUAUGAUGACACCGUACGUGAUAAGUGAAGAUGAAUAUGAAACAUUUAGUCGAUUAAUGUAAAUAUUUAUUAUGUUAAUUCCCAAGCCUUAGUGUUAGUAAUUUAUGUUGGGUGUUUCUGUAGUGUGUGAAAUGCUUUAUAGUUUAAGGCAGCUUUAGCCGUAAUCAUUAAACCGAAUAGCAAGCCUCAAUAUAAAGACAUAAAAAAAUUUCAAUGACUGGCUGAAAAUACAGCAGUUGAUUAAACAAGAAAAAAAGUGUUCUUUUGACUUUCAUUUGUAUUUGUUUACUUUUUUUGUAAGGCUGUAUUUGAGACACGAUCCUAUGAAAAAUUGUAUCCCGCGAAAUGUCCGCCCAUGGUCACCUAAAGUGAUAACAAUGCCAUGUAUAUUGUUUAUAAACAGUUAUACUUAUAAGCGUUUGUAUUAGAUUUUAAUAAUUUCCUCUUUUACUUUAACUAAAAAAUAAUUUGGUGUGGAGUUUGCGUAAGUUGGAAUGUUGGAAGACUUUGAAGUAAAAGAAUUUGUUGCGCUUUAGCGUUUAAGGAUGUGCAAUUUACAAUCAAAUAAUAUUGAAUGUGAUUUCACUGGUUGACUUACUUCAGAUAACAGUAUUCUAAAAAACUUAUGUCUUAUGUUUUUUAUCUUAAUUGUCAUGAUAAAGUGCAACAAAUCGCUAUAAUAUUAACAUUAUAUUUGUACUGGAAUGUUAAAUACUUAGAAUAUGAAUUCGUUUGUAGAAUGUUGAAGCGGAAUUUCCAUAUAAGACGAAAACAUGGUAAUCUCUACUUUUAGUCUCUUCUAUAUGAGAAAUAAUAUAAUACUAAAAGUAUUAGAUGCAUGACUUGGUCUGAUAAGAAUUAAAUUUCCAAACAUAUGAUACAUAAACUAUGAAGUUUAUUGUCAUUUACCCUAGGGCGUAUAUUUUAUUUUUGUACUUUCGCAAAAUGCUCGGUAAUAAUAGAAAAAAAGUUCGUUUAUCUAUGAAUAUCUUCUAGGUUUCUCUAUACCUUACUAUCAAACUAGCCAUGCAUCUAUUUCUUUUCAAGUGAAUAAUAAAAAAAAAUGAGAGCAGUUGGACCCGUGUUAAUCCCACUGUUGGGAUGUUGUAAAAAUAGUAUAAGAUAGCCUGUAGCGUUCAUUAGCUUACGAGUUUUAUUUUUUGUACAAUUCGAAUUCACUAGUUAGUGAUAUCACGACAAGUUAUUGCCUUCAAGUUGGUAAAAUGAAAUCGCAGAUGUAAGGGUUAUUUUAGAUACAUGAGGUGAAUUGUUUCAUAGUAAAUUGGUGAUGAUAUUUAAAUAGUUUCAAUCAAUUUGAUUCCGCAUUUUGAUGUGUCUCCAAUCUCUAAUAAGAUUUUUUGUUGUCUAAUAAACCUUAUUUCUUUCACUUUGUUGCGCGGAAUCGAAGUACUACUCCUUGGAAAAUGCACAUUUUCUUCAACUGACGAAAUACUGCACGUUACUGUUUUCGGAAUACUACUCCUACAUUGAUUUUAAAGUUACCUCACUCGUACUCAGCCAUAACGUGUCGAAUCGAAACGACGGCCACAUUUAAAAUCUAUAGCAGACUAAUUUAUGCUCGAAAGUUUGCACUCUACAUAUAUGUAAAAAUAUUAAUUUCCAAAGUCGGUACGGCGUCGCAGUGAGGUAGCAACCAAUAGAUAAAACCUAUUGAUUUAACUGUACGGCGACUGCGGUAAAAGGGUCACCGGCCCCGCACCAAUAUAACCUUGGAUGUGUUGUAAAAAUUACAUUGCACUAGAUAGUUCAUUUAGCGUUAUUUUGAUUAGACAGUUGCGACGUAGUGGCGCUUGUGUCGGCCUUUUUGCACUUCAGUCUCAAGUUGUGUUAUUAUUAACUGUUCAUUAUCUUUAUUGAAUAAAUAAUGUCAAAUAUAUUUGCUCAUUAGUUUUGGACUUUUGACAAAAAUACGUGUAGGCUUUUUCGUCGUCCUAUGCAAAAUAAUAAUAAUUCUGCAUUCGCUUCUUGUUAUCAAUUUUACGUCAAAUUAAUAUUUUUAUUUUCUUAAAAAACAAAUGAGUGAAGAUAUUUGACUGAUUUCUCUUUACAUACAUAUAACUCUUAUUCAAAGUGGUAUUGCAAAGGUGAUGAUACAAGACUUAGGCCUGGCGUGCACAAUCGUCAACAUGUUCUAACAUUUAUUAGUGGUAAUAAGAACUGAAUGCUAGCCUUAAUUUUAUUUAUGAUAAGUGCUAGGAUAUUAAAAUCACUCUUUUGAGUUAGAAAUUGU